AUGACGUCAGGCGUCGCUACACUGGCAUCAGACCCGGGGUCAAGGGGUCAGUCGGGGGUCACACGGGGUCAAGGGGUCAGCCGGGGCCACACGGGGUCAAGGGGUCAGCCGGGGCCAUACGGGGUCAAGGGGUCAGCCGGGGCCACACGGGGUCAAGGGGUCAGCCGGGGACCACACGGGGUCAAGGGGUCAGCCGGGGCCACACGGGGUCAAGGGGUCAGCCGGGGCCACACGGGGUCAAGGGAUCAGCCGGGGGUCACACGGGGUCAAGGGGUCAGCCGGGGCCACACGGGGUCAAGGGGUCAGCCGGGGCCACACGGGGUCAAGGGGUCAGCCGGGGGUCACACGGGGUCGAGGGGUCAGCCGGGGCCACACGGGGUCAAGGGGUCAGCCGGGGCCACACGAGAUCAUGGGGCCACACGGGGUCAAGGAGUCACACGGGGUCCAGGAGUCAGCCGGGGUCACACGGAGUCAGCCAGGGCCACACGGGGUCAAGGGGUCAGCCAGGGCCACACGGGGUCAAGGGGUCAGCCAGGGCCACACGGGGUCAAGGGGUCAGCCAGGGCCACAAGGGGUCAGCCGGAGCCACACGGGGUCAAGGGGUCAGCCAGAGCCACACGGGGUCAAGGGGUCAGCCGGGGUCACACGGGGUCAAGGGGUCAGCCGGGGUCACACGGGGUCAGCCGGGGUCACACGGGGUCAUGGGGUCAGCCGGGGCCACACGGGGUCAAAGGGUCAGCCAGGGCCACACGGGGUCAAGGGGUCAGCCGGGGCCACACGGGGUCAAGGGGUCAGCCUGGGCCACACGGGGUCAAGGGGUCAGCCAGGGCCACACGGGGUCAAGGGGUCAGCCAGGGCCACACGGGGUCAAUGGGUCAGCCGGGGCCACACGGGGUCAAGGGGUCAGCCGAGGCCACACGGGGUCAGCCAGGGCCACACGGGGUCAAGGGGUCAGCCGGGGUCACACGGGGUCAAGGGGUCACAGGGGGUCAAGGGGUCAGCCGGGGUCAGCCAGGGCCACACGGGGUCAGCCGGGGUCACACGGGGUCAAGGGGUCAGCCGGGGUCACACGGACAGCAACACUACAGGAUGCGGCUGACGACCAAGAGCGUGAGCAUAAUAGUGGUGUGA